AUGCUGUUGGAGUUGGAGAGGGAAUGCUUAGAAGUGUAUAGGAGAAAGGUUGAGGAGGCUGCCAAUGCUAAGGCAUGCCUCCAUCAUUCUGUUGCAGCCAAAGAAGCUGAGCUUGCAACUCUUAUGGCUGCUCUUGGGGAGCUAAAUCUUCAUUCACCAAUUCAGGCAGAGAGGUCGGCAUCAUUGAAAGAAAAACUUGCAUCUGUCACACCGUUGGUAGAGGAACUGAAAAUGAAGAAAGAAGAACGAAUGAAGCAAUUUGCAGAUACAAAGGACAAAGAGCUGGAUGAACAGGACUUGUCACAAAGAAAGCUCGCUGAAUAUCAAACACAACUUCACACUCUUCAAAAGGAGAAGUCGGACCACCUCCAUAAAGUUUUGGAAAAUGAGAAUGAAGUGCAUUCUCUCUACGGUGUGCUUGGCUUGGAUUUUGGGCAGACUGUGAGUGACGUGCAUCCAAGCUUGCAUGGUACAAGUGUUGAACAGUCCAUUAAUGUCAGCAAUAGCACAUUGGAAGGGCUAGAACAGGCCAUUGCCAAGUUGAAAAUAGAAAGGAAAGCUAGAUUACUGAAGCUGAAAGAUAUUGUUGCAUCACUGCUUGAACUUUGGAACUUGAUGGACUCACCAAAGGAAGAGAUGCCAACACUUGGGUUGCACUAA